AUGGGGUUAAACAGUGAUGCAAAGCCACAUGUUCUUGCUGUUGAUGAUAGUAUUUUGGACCGUAAAAUCAUCGAGAGGUUACUCACCAAUUCUUCAUGCAAAGUGACUACAGCAGAGAAUGCACAUGGUGCAUUGGAGCUGUUGGGUUUGGCAGAUGGACAACAGAACUUUUCCAACACCGUUUCCGACGUUAACAUGAUAAUCACUGAUUACUGCAUGCCAGGAAUGACGGGGUACGAACUACUAAAAAAAUUAAAGGAAUCACCAACAGCGAAGGAGAUACCUGUGAUUGUUGUAUCAUCCGAGAACAUACAGACUCGAAUUGAAAAGUGCCUUGAGGAAGGAGCUGAAGAGUUCUUGCUGAAGCCUCUCCGACAAUCGGAUGUUAAAAGAUUGAGAUGCAAUCUGACGAAGGACGAGUGA